CGCGAUUGCCUUUCCGUCCCUCCAUACAUUUAUAAAUGUACCUGAGCAGUCAUACAUCAUAUAUAUAGGACUUCAAACAUUUGAAAGAGUGUUGACUUUUGUUUAAACAGAAGAACGGAAUUUAUCAUCGUGCAAACAGCGAGGUUUUAGUUACACACAGAAAUGGCGGACUGGGAAAUUCUUUACUACAACGCACCGUUUGCUGGAAGAGCUGAAUUCGUUCGUUUGAUCUUCGAGGAAGCUGGGGUUCCUUAUACAGAACCAAUGAAAACCUACGAGGAGACCCGAGAUACGAUCAUGAACAAUAAACUCGGAGGUUUUCCGGUCAUGUUCCCUCCUGUCUUGAAACGAGGCGAUUUUCACCUCUGUCAGACGUCAGUGAUAUGUAAGUACCUGGGGGAACAAUUUGGACUGAUGCCAAAAUCAGAAGAGGAAAAAUGGCAGGCGGAUCAAGUUAACGCCACCAUUCACGACUUUGUGGCAGAAGGAAGAUUGGCCUUUCAUGGAAAGCAUUGGGUGGGGUCUUACCACGACCAAAAGGAGGAAACACAGCCGUAUAUUGAUUGGUUUGUCAAAGAGAGGCUACCGAAAUGGUUGAAGCAUUUUGAGUUAGUUCUGAAAAACAACAAUGACGGAAACGGUUUCUGCUUUGGAGAGGAAGUGACGUAUGUCGAUUUGGCACUACUUCAGUGCCUCCGCGGUUGUGAAGCGUCUUAUAAAAAGGGUUUCGAGUCGGCAGAUUAUUGCCCUCUUUUAAAGGCCUUCAAAGCCCGGAUGGAGGCGCGUCCGAAGCUAGCGGCCUAUUACAAGUCAGAGCGGUACGCCAAACACCCACAGGACACCAACAGCAUGAUGUGACGUUGACGACAAAAAAUAUGACGUCAUCAUAAUUGAGAAUUUCAACCAUUGCUUGUUUUUUGUUGUUGUUGUUGUGAAGUAAAACUUUUCUGUGUAGUUGCUUAUUUAUUUGAAGAAUUCUCUUGUGCUUAUUUUGCUUUAAAAGAUUGAUCUUAUUGACUUCGUUAAUAAAUACAUCUAUUAUUUGGAUAUAAGAUAUAAUAAUGUAUAUGUAGAAAUAAACAACAAAAU